AUGGAUGCCUUCGGCCAACGUGGCCUCGACGAGGCCGCCUUUGGCGACACUGGCUUGUCGGGGCUCAGGACGUUUGAUGCUUUCCCCAAAACCAAACCGAGCUACACUUCCGCCACGGCACGCGGGGGUCAAUGGACACUGGCGAUCAUCAUCCUCUGCACAUGCCUCACAAUGAACGAGUUGCGAACGUGGUGGACGGGGAGCGAAACACAUCACUUCUCAGUCGAACGGGGCGUCGGGCACGAACUGCAACUCAACCUGGACAUCGUGGUGGCGAUGCCGUGCCACGACCUGCACGUGAACGUGCAGGACGCGGCCAUGGACCGGAUCAUGGCGGGAGAUCUCUUGACGAAAGAAGACACGAACUUUGCAGUCUGGACGGACCCGCGACAGCGGUGGCUACGCAAGAAACACAGGCGCGCCCAGUACCAGGGGCUCCACGGCGGCGACGGCCAGCGCGAGAAGGAGGAGGAAGAAGACUCACACGUCAGCCACGUGCUGGGCCACAUGCGAGAGAACCAGGGGCGCAAGUUUACCAAGUCGCCGCAUCUGCGCGCCGGCAUGGCGGUUGACAGUUGUCGAAUCUACGGCUCGCUCGAGGGCAACAAGGUGCAGGGGGACUUCCACAUCACGGCGCGCGGGCACGGCUACAUGGAGUUCGGGAUGCAGCAGCACCUGGACCACGGGCGGUUCAAUUUCUCCCACCAUAUCAACGAGUUGUCGUUUGGUCCGCACUACCCCGGCCUGCUGAACCCGUUGGACAAGACCUCGGCCGUCACCCCGACCGCGCAUUUCAUGCGGUACCAGUACUACCUGUCCAUUGUGCCGACCAUCUUCACGAAGCGUCGUGACGGCAUCAUCCGCCACGUCCCCAACCCCCAGGCCGGUCGGGAUUCGAAAUCCGUGUUCACGAACCAGUAUGCCGCCACGUCGCAGUCGCGCGAGGUGCCUUCCAACACCGUCCCGGGCGUCUUUUUCAAGUAUGAUAUCGAGCCAAUCCUGCUGAUCGUCAGCGAGCAGAGGUCCAGCUUUCUGGGAUUGAUCGUAAGGCUCGUCAAUGUCAUCAGCGGCGUCGUGGUCGCCGGUGGUUGGAUGUUUCUGCUGACCGAGUGGGCCGCUGAGGUCUGGGGCCGCCGGAGGCAGAGGAGAAAUACCGGGCUUGGGGUCAUUAAUGGCGACAUCAACGGCGACCUGGAUCUGAAGCGCUGA